AUUAUUUGAUUAUAGGAGUAACUCUGGUAGGCCUGAAACAGACUUCUCGCCUCAAGUUCAACUGUCUGAGUCAGUUGGAGGGCCGGAGUGCACUGUCUUCAUGUCAUAGGCCUGCUGUAGCUCAAGCUUAAUAAUAGCCUCACCAUACCAAACCUUCACAAACAUUUCUAAACUUUAUUAGGGUAAUAUCAAAAGUAAGUCAAGCCAUUGUUUAUAGGGAAACUAAGAGCAGUGAAUGUCAACCAGGGAAAAAACGCACUACCCUCCUCUGUGCCCAGUAAAAAAAACACACAACCCUCCCCACUCACUGCUUCUUUGUCCAACAGGCGAAGAGAGAGAGAGACAUUUGAUUGACCUAUUAGGCAUUGACUGACAUUACUUUAAUAUUUGAAGGAUUAAUGCAUUAAAUGUAGCCAUAAAUGUAAUUCUAAUAAAUAAUUAUAAAACUGCUGUUGUGAUCAUUCAUUAGGCCUACUCCAUGAUGACAAACAUUUAACAAUAUAACAUUAAAUAAUCUGUAGCCAUUUUCCCUGCUCUCUCUAAUAUCACACAAAGCGUAUCAUCCACUAGACAUGGAUAGACUAUGUAGGUCAUUUCGCCCUUUAGAACUGUUGACUACAAAAACCUUGUAUAUUUCGUCCGACACGCGUGCCGCGCAACCAUCACCAGAACGCUCAUUGGCUGUCGCGACAAUAUAAAGUUCCGCAGUGUCAUAUCUCAUCAAUAGCGCUGGCAGCAAGCUUUAUCGCAGGAGGAGAGCAUCACGGCGCAACGCACUGAUAACUGACAGAUGAUUUAGAAAGGAAGGAUUUACAAGGGAAUUGUUUUUCUUUCACAUAUACAUUUAUUGUAUUCAUCAACCAAAUCUUUUUCCACAAUGAAGGAAAGGAGACUUACCCAGCCUAUGGUGUCGAGAUGUAAACUGGUGUUGGUUGGGGAUGUUCAAUGCGGAAAAACCGCAAUGUUGCAAGUCCUGGCCAAGGAUUCCUAUCCUGAGACAUAUGUUCCAACCGUAUUUGAGAACUACACAGCAUGUCUGCAGCUGGAGGACCAGCGCGUAGAACUCAGUCUCUGGGACACGUCAGGCUCUCCAUACUAUGAUAACGUCCGACCCCUGUGCUACAGCGACUCAGACGCUGUGCUCCUCUGUUACGACAUCAGCCGACCAGACUCAAUUGAUGGUGCACUGAAAAAGUGGAAGACAGAGAUCUUGGAUUUCUGCCCCAGCACACGCAUCCUCCUGAUAGGCUGUAAAACAGAUCUGCGCACAGAUGUGUGUACGCUCAUGGAGCUGUCCAAUCAGAAGCAGACACCCAUCUCACAUGAGCAGGGUUCCUCCAUGGCCAAGCAGCUAGGAGCGGAGGCCUACUUGGAGUGUUCGGCCUUCACUUCAGAGAAGAGCAUCCACAGUGUGUUCCGUACUUCAGCCCUGGCCUGCAUCAGCAAGCUACAGCCCUCCACCAAGACCAGCCCUGCCCGACGUCUCUCUAAGAGACUCCUUUUCCUGCCCAGCAAGUCUGACCUCCUCUCCUCCACCUUCGGCAAGGACAAGGCUAAGGGCUGCUCCAUCAUGUGAGGGAGGGGGAAGAACCCAGAUUGGGGUGGCCAGAGAUGCACUCCAUUGAACAGUCCAGUGGGCGAAAGGGGGUGCAAGGUGGUAGAGGGGCAAGGGAAUCAUAAGUAAGGGGGAAGGAAGGGGUUUCUUUUGAACCCCUCUGGCCUCCCCCAAUGUCCUCCCCAGUCCCCACCCCCACUGACGCCCCACUUUAAAAAAACAGGGUUUACUCUGUAUAGGAUAUACUGGUCCUCUUCAUGAUCACCCCCCCAAAAACACACACACACACGCACACAGACCCAUACACAACUCGGGGCGGCAGGUAGCCCAGUGGUUAGAGCGUUGGGCCAGUAACCGAAAGGUUGCUAGAUUGAAUCCCUGAGCUGACAAGGUAAAAAUCUGUAGUUCUGAGCAAGGCAGUUAACCCCAUGUUCCUCGAGCGCUGAAGACGUGGAUGUCGAUUAUGGCAGCCCCCCACACCUCUCUGAUUCAGACACUGAAAAAUAAGUCUCCUUCAUGUUCCACAAUUGGUCACCUGAGAUGACUCUCUGGAGUUGUCCUUCUUGUAGUGUGGCUGGCCAUUAUAGAUGAGAGUACAGGGUCAAGGCCUUUACAAAGAUGGGUCUCUCAUUCAUACUUAGUGGAGAGCGUAAGAAAUGCAGAUGGGGUAAAGGGUCCGGGAGGGUAGUGAGGGUUGGGCAUGGGUGGGAUGGGUGAAUUUAAGCUGAAACAACUAACAGGCUGGUCCUGUCUGAAGUAAGUUAUUUUUCAAUUUGUUUUGCAUUGACAUCUUCUAAGUAUAAGGUGAUUUAUAUUUUUCAGUUUUCUUCAAAUUUGUAAUCUGCUUUCUGCCCAGUCCUUUUUGAAUUGUAGUUGCUUUUUUUGUCAUUGUUGUUGUACUCACUGAAGUCAUCUUGUAUUAGGAGCUGUCUACGACCCGGCUAAUAGAGGACUUCAUGAUUUGCACAGACAGGGGCUCUGAGUUGUUUGGACUUACAGAACACUGGAAUUUAAGGUGUUGCUUAGCAACAGUGUGAGCAGGGGCAGAAGUCAGCAGAAUUGUGAUGAUGGGUGCAGUUUCUGGCUCUGAGAGAAAAGAAAGAGGGCUCUCCAACUGUGCGUCUCACCUUUCAUUUGUAGCAUGAGACCACUGCUAAGGUGACGGCUGGACAUUUCAGUUAGUAGUGCACUGCUGAAAAACAUCUGAAAAACAUCUGAAAAACGAAUUUGAAGCCUCCGAACUCAGUGGCAGCUCAGUGGCUUGUGUCAGAACAAAAAAAGCAAUUUGAGUAUCUUUUAUAACCUGAGUUCCCAGCAGUGAGUGAAUAAGCUCCAAAUCUGCCUGGAGUGAGUGAAACACUGUUCAGGAAAACUGAAUAUACAGCCGCCAUAAUGUUACAGUUUCUGCUCCCACUCCUUUGCUAAGAACAGACCAUGUCUGGUUGUACAUAUCCUGCUUUAUAUGCCAUUUGUAAAGCUCCAAAAAUAAUGUUGUUGGAGCAAAACACAGUGUUUGUGUUAAGUAAAAUGGCUUCAACUUAAUUUAUUAAUGAAAUACUGUAUUGCUCAAUGUUGUCGUUUUAUUUUUGACUGUAAAUUUUGGAGGGGAAUUCUUAAUUUGAAUGGACACUGAAUUUUCUUCUGUCCAUACGUCUUCUCUUUGGUUCUGAAUAAAGCUUGCCUUUGUUCAUCAUA